UCUUCAUCUCAUCAAAGAAAUGGAUCACGAUGGUGACGGGCAAAUCUCAGUAGCUGAGGUUUUGAGAAAUCAAGACACAUUCAUGAACAGUGAAGUGACGGACUAUGGACCAACUACCAGCUUGCUUAACAGCGGUGCUCCGUAAAGAGAAGUGGACUGUUAAAUAUGACUUUACAAUUCAAAGAUGCCUUUUGGGGGCUGGAUUUUAUCAGCAACAUAGGGUAUGAGACCAUAGUCCAAAGACUCAGUGAUGGCCGACGGACCUGCAAGGACAUGGAAGAACUCUUGAAAAUGAGGGCAUCAGCAGAGGAAAAAUAUGGCAAGGAACUGGUCACAAUUGCACGCAAGGCGGGUGGUCUCUAUGAGAUCAGCACUUUAAGAGCGUCCUUUGAGGGAGUGAGAACACAGAUGGAGAACAUUGGGAACCUGCAUGUCCAGCUCUCUGGGCUGCUGAAAGAGGAGCUGAAGAGGAUGGAGCUGUUUAGAGAGCGGCAGAAGGAACAGAGGAAAAGGUGUGAAGUACUCAUGGAGAAGGUGCAGAAGACAAAAGUCACUCUGUAUAAGAAGACAGUAGAGUCCAGACGCGUCUAUGAGCAGCGUUGCAGGGAGGCGGAUGAGGCAGAGCAGUCUGCAGAAAAGCUGAGCAGCACCGCCACAGCCACACCCAAACAGACCGAGAAGUUGCAAAACAAAUCUAAACAGUGCAGAGAGGCUGCAGUAGAAGCCGAAAAGCAGUAUUCGUUGAACGUUGAGCAGCUCGACAAGAUUCGUCAAGAAUGGGAAUCCACACAUGAGAGCACAUGCGAGGCAUUUCAGCAGCAGGAGGAAGACCGCAUCGACAUCCUAAGGAAUGCCCUAUGGGUUCACUGCAACCAGUUCUCAAUGCAGUGUGUCAAAGACGACGAGUGUUAUGAGGACGUGAGGAAAAUGCUGGAAAACUGCGACAUCGUUGUAGACAACAACUGCUUUGUAGAGAUGAAACGCACAGGCUCAAGUCCUCCAGCGGCCAUUGAAUUCCAGGAUUACUACAAGCGAGAGGCCCCAUCGGACAGUAAUGGCAGUGCUGGUUUUGUGGGUGGAGUCAUGAAAAGGUUUUCAAAUCUGCUGCAGGGGAGCAAUUUGAGCAGCUCUAAAACAAGUGAGCCAGUAGCACAACCCAAUGUUGAGACAUCAGAUGGAGUUUAUGCCUCCAUUCAUGGAUUUCAUGGGGAGCCAACUCUUCAGCAGAGUGCUGUGGGGUACAAGGCUAUAUAUGACUAUGUGGCCCAGAGCGGGGAUGAGCUUUCUGUGUCUGCUGGGGACGUUGUGGUGGUCUUAGACCAGGGUGAAGAUGGUUGGUGGACUGUGGGGAGAAACGGUCAAUCUGGACUUGUUCCAGGCUCUUACCUUGGCAAAGAAUGAGCCUUCUUAUCAAGUGUGGGACUAGCACUGCUUUCUUAAUGUUGUGCGUAAAUGUAAUAUCCCUCCACAUUUCCUUACACUGUAAUUUUUAAUAUGGAGUUUCUUGUAGUAUUCACUAUGUACUGCAUAGUAUGUUGAGCAAUGGGUUAUUUAUUGGUUUGGUUUUCAACAACAAAUACAGAUACAAAAUUAAAAAAAAAAAAAUUAACCACCUCUCAUGGUCACGAAACCAAAGCUUAUUUACAAUCCCUAGUCUUGAAUAGCUAUGAAUUUACAGUUCCAACUAUAUGGAGGGUUUUUUUUUCUCAAGUUGGAUUGUUUGUAUACUCUGUGUUUAUUUUAAGUUUUAUUAAAAAAUACAACCAUCUUGAAAAAGUUUUUUUAGCCUGAUUUUCUUCUGUGGUUAACUGGUAAUAUACACCGAUCAGCCAAAACAUUAAAAACACCUGCCUAAUAUUGUGAAGGUCCCCC